AUGUCUGCAUCUAUUCCGUCCCAUUACAUCGCCACGCCCCUCGCCAAUACCACGCCGAUCUUCGCCACUGGCGCGCCUGUCGCUACGGUCGCGACUGGCACGCCUGUCGCCAAUCCUGUCGCCAAUCCUGUCGCCAAUCCCGUCGCCAAUGUCCCCAUCCCGUCGCACACGCCAACCGCCGGGCCGACGGAGCCGUACGUGGUGGUGGGGCUUCAGUACUGCCUCCCGUACGAGACGGUGCUUAUAUUGAAGGAGAAGAUGUGGUCGCUACACGGCAAAGCGGACGUAUACGACACGCAAGGCCAGCUCUUUUUCAAGACCAAGGACAAGGCGUUUUCGUGGCGGGAUCGCAAGACGAUAUUCAACGCACAGGAUGAGCCCGUCUGCUCGCUGACCAGCAAGGCCUUCUCCCUGCAUGACGUCACCUACCUGUGCCCGGGCGCCAGCGUGGAUAAACGCGACGCGCUGCUCACUGCCCGGAGCAAGUUCUUCUCCUGGAAACCCAUCCUCAAUAUCUUUCUGAAGGGAAACUCCUUUGACAACAAGCCAGACAUUGUUCUCAAAGGCGACUUUUUCCAACACGAGUUCACUAUCACCACAAGCAGCGAGCUUCUGUUGGCGCAGGUGGAGAGAGACAUUUGGUCUGUGAGGGAUUUUCUGAGCGCGCACACAUAUGCUGUGCGCAUCAAGCCGAAUGUCGACAUGGCUCUGGUUUUAGCGCUCGUCGCUAUGGCGGACACUAUCUUUGUUAAUAAGGAGGAUGAUGAUAAUGACUAG